AUGCCUGAGCCACUGGUGCCCAUGCAAAUGCCUGCUCCCAAGACCUUCUCCCCCCCAGCUCCUGUUGUAGAAUUGUCCGUCACCAAUCAGGCUGCAGCAUCCUUGGAGUUCGAGAAGGGAACAGCCCAGCAGUUGGGCAGGGGAGACUCAUGGCAUCCCCAGCUUCCCUACACCACAGGACGUCGAAAGCCAUUGCCCAACAGCAAAAUCUGGAUCAUGAAAGUGUUCCAGAUUGAGAUUGAGAAGUCGGACAUUGCCAUUCUGGCAAAACACUACCAGUGGCUGAAUGGAUUCCUGUUGUCCCAGCUAUAUGAAGAGGUGUAUGCAUUCAGUUUACAACUGGGACCUCAGCUUGAGCAGGUGGAGAAGGCUUACGCAAACGGGGAAGCAUAUGCCAUUGACAACUGGGGUGUGAAGUGGGUGGCAAACCAGGUCAGUAGUGUGGUGUCUGAGUACAUGACAGCUCAAGUGAGGACACAAUGGUUGUUCCCAACAUAUAUCAACAACAACCAUUGGAUCCUUAUUCAUGUUGACUGGCUUUGCAAGUACAUCACCAUGUAUGAUUCAUUGAGGAUGGGCAGCUGGUGUGAUCAUAUCAUGAGCACACAACAUGUGGUGGAGCAGAUCUGGGAGGUUGCUGAAGAGAAAAGCGAGCCAUUCCCUGGUUGGGAAGGAUGGAAAGGGUGUAAUGCCAAGGUUCCAUUGCAGACCAAUGGAAGUGAUUGCAGUCUGUUCAUUGCCAUGCACACUUUCAUGAUUGCCCAAGGCUACACCCAUUCAACCAUGAUAACAGCUGACAUGGCAAAAUGGCACAAAUGGCUGCUGCAGCAUUUGGAGUCUGUGCUGGAUGCCCCAGCACUUAAAAAACUGAGGGGAAGGUCACUGCUCCUCUCUUAA